AUUUGGAAGUUCCAAUUAUAUCUACUUUCGAUUCUCAUGCUUUAUGCUGAAUACUUGUAAAUCGAAAGAAGACGGUUUAUUUCCAUCAUAAAAACAGACUAGCACUGUCGGGUCGUACGAUAAACCUGAGAUAAGCGAUAUGAAUUAUGGAGGUCAACAUUGAAACAGAAACUUUGGAAUCAGAACCAAGAAUCGGUCAUUUAUCAAACGUGAACAUUACAGUCGGUGUGAAUGCCACACAGGCAGAAUCCGAAUCUGGAAACCCGAAUGGUUUACAAAGCGCCCAGUGCGUUGAUGCGUUAUUAAAACUAGAAGAAUCAAACAACACAAUUAAAAACAUGCAAGCGAAUGCGAAUGAAUGCGAAGAAAAAACGAUUAUCUCCAAGAAGAAAUAUGAAGCGCUGUGUCAAAGACUUGACGCUGCAGACAAAGAUUUCAAAGAUUUGAAAGAGAAUCAUGGAAGGAUAGUUGAAAAUUGUGCAACCAUGUUAACUGAAGAACACGAAAAAAGAAGGCAGCUAGAAGAAGAAAACCAACGUCUAAAAGAACAGCUCCGAAAUAACAAAAGCGGUAAGAGCUGUCGUCAGAAAAUGGAGCAUCUUAAGUACGAUCAUGCCAAGGAAAUGCAAGCUUUAAUAGCAGAAUUCGAUACAAAACGUAAACACACACAAAACGAUUUCGAAGAAAAAAUCAGAGCCUUGCAAAGUCGUUAUGAUUAUGUCUUGGUUGAAAAAGAAACGCUUACAUUAAGAUUGAGCAAAUUAGCAAGCUCUAAUCUGACGUACAACAACCCCAAUAUAGCCGACCUGAGUGAUCAAAAUCGACCAACUAAACUGGCUGAGAAGUUUUCUGAGCUUUAUGACAAUCAGUGGACGGACGCCUUUGAAGAUUUAAAAAUGGAGGAAGAGCGCGUCAAAGUUAAAUGUUUGGCUGAUAUUCUAAAGUCUGUUUACAAUCAUUGCACAACUGUCGCAAAACAACAAUCAAAUAGCAUGUGGACUACGCGGAAUAUGCUUGAAAUUCAGUACGAAAACAAAACAGUUAAAGAGGUUGAACGUUCUGAACAUGAGUCAAACAAGGUUUCAACUUGUGAUCAUAAACGCGCAGACAUCGAACAUGAAAGCGAUCUAACGACUACCGUAGAGAAUUCAUCUGAUACACUGCUCGCAAAAGUUGAUAACCAAACUGGUCACGAUUUUUUGCAACCAAGCGAUAAUGACGAACUCACUGAGCAGGGAUUUGUUAUUUUAAAACAUGACGAUGCAGUGCUAGUUGAUACAACAAAUCCUGACUCAAGUGAUAACCGCAAACCAAAUGAGUCCAAGCCAGUUGAUACAACAAAUCCUGACUCAAGUGAUAACCGCAAACCAGAUGAGUCCAAUAACAAGAAAAUAAACAUAGAGAUCAUAUUAGAAGACAAACUCAGCGUAGAAGAAAGAAAGCAAAUUGGCGAGAUCAGAAAACUACUUCUGCGACGAAUUAAAGAUGAUGUUUUAAAGACUAUCGCAUUAGCUGUUGCUGAUGAAUUCGACAUUACACAACGCGAACAGACUUUCACGUACAUAACAGAAUGCGCAUAUGUAUGUUGGGAGAUGCUAUUACACGAUCCGCCUGUUCAUUUAAAAUUCGUUGAAGUCGGUGAUAUGGAUACAAUCCCGUUUGAUGGAACCGCCUAUAGGGCAUAUACACGCGGUGGCACACUGAUGGACUACGUGGUGUGGCCGCCCGUAUAUCUUCACGAAAAGGGACCUCUGCUUAGCAAAGGAGUGGCUCAGGGGAAGUAGUGUCACACAAAAAAUCAUGCGGAGCCAUAUUUGUUUAUAUUUUGUUUGUCAGACGAUAAAUAUAAACUUGAAAGUUUAUUUUAAGUAGGCAUAACCCCUUUUGGGAACGUUUUUUCUAUAAUACAGUAUUACCAACUAAAAAAGUAAAUUUGAUCUAUAUAUCUAUAUACCAUAAGAAAAAGACAUAUCUUUUAUAUCAAAAAUUAGUUUUUGAGGUGUGUUUUUUUAGGUUAUGUUUUCCGUUUGGCUUAUUGCCAUUUGUUGUUUUCAUCUUUCAAAAACUCACCAUUUUCAUGUUGAAAAGGGUUCUUCACCCGAUGAUUCAGCGUAAUUAAGCACAAGUAUGUGUGUCGUUUUAAUGUACACUUCGGCAGUUUCGUAGUCCUGUAUAAACUUAAAUGUACUUUGCAAAAAAAUCAGUAAAGAACAUGUGGUUAUUUUGACCGUAUGCAAUGUUUUUUACUAGUGUCAUUAAAACUAUAUUAGAUCUAUUUUCAAAAUUGAUUAAUGCAAACACUUCCCCCUAAUGAAAACACUAUACUGAAUUGUUAGUUUAAAGUGGUCUUUCAAAUGAUACUUAAAAAGAUCAGUCGCGUUGCAUUUGCAGUAUUGUUUGCGUGUGUAAUGUGGUGUUUACAAAUAAGUUUAGAUAAAAUAUUAUGGAAAGUUUUCCAUUAUUUUAAUUUUAUUUCAACCAACACGUUGUGUUUUUUUUUAAGCAAAAUUGAUAUAAUUCCUUACGCUGUGUAUAUCAUUAUUACAUUAUUUGUUCAAGUACUGAAUCUGUACCAUAUGAAUGGGCUACUGCUUUCAAGUCAAUAGCUGAUGAUUGUGUGGGUACAUUUAAAACAACACAAAAAGUAAAAUUGCAACCAAAUGAGGUUAAGUUAGUUACACAGCGGGAGUAUGUCGUAUGUCCUAUAAAUGUCUUUUAAAUGUAUUGUUAUUUCAAAAUAAAUGUCGGGGACGACAUUUGAGAAACAGCGGGAGUAUGUCGUAGGGUACAAAUUAUUCACAUAACAUGCAUACUAUUUAGUUAUUUCAAUCUUAGGUUUUUAAUAUAAAUUUGAAUAUAUUUCUUUGGUCAAGGGGAAGCAACCUUACCGUUUAACCUUGUGCAUGAUUUACUAACAUUAGCGUUAUCUAACCCUUGCUCGUGAUGCACGUGCAUAUAACUUUCAAUUGUAAUAGAUGGUCGUAUUUCUAUUUGUUGGAGGAAAAUUAUAGAUUUUCUCGGAACAAUCCUAUACGUCAACAUCGAUUAAUACGGUCAACUGUAAUAAAAUCAUUAACAUUG